AUGAUGAUGAUGACAGAUAAUAAUAGAAGACCCAUCCUCACCCUUCCCUCAAAAAAAAUGAAAUUUUCACUGGAGAAGAGAGUAGUGUUGCUGCUGGUGCUGGUGGUGACGGUAGGAGGUGAGAGCUGGAUAGAGUACCUGGAACCCAGUCACAUAACAUCACUCAUCAACAUCUUCCCUCAGCUGAACAUUGCGUCUGGUACAGCGAGAAUACUGCUGGCGGCUGCUGGCUUCGCUUGCUUCAAGGCUGCUCUGAUCAUCGAGGCUGUGGAUCUAGCUCGACGUAGCCGGGAGAAAGAUGCCGAAGAUUACGCUGAAUUCUUUGGACUACAACCAAUAGAUAAUUCACCUGACACAGACAACGGAGCCUCACGUCGUUACGCAUACGCUGCACCUGAAACGGGUUUAACGCCACCCAAACACAUACCUCAACAUUCCUCAAAUGGUCAUAUAGUGCGUGGUUAUCCACCGCGUCACCAUGGAACACACAGACGCCACAAAAGAUUCAUUAAUGAGGAGGUGGAGGAGGCGCAGAAGUUGCUGAUAUCGGCAGCCUUUCACCUGGACAUUGACAGCUGCGUCUUCAAGCUUCUGUGUCAUCUAAACAACAAACAGGAAAAUAGUUUCUCUGUUGAAGAGUACAUCCUCCUUGAACUGUUGGCCAACAGCCCUGAGACACUGUCCUCCUACAAUGUGGCCCUCCUCCAGGCCACGGAGGUCGGCCAGGUGGAAGACCAGGCCACAUGCAAGAAGGUAUUCCCCAGUUGUCCCCUGGGGGAAGAGGAAUUGGUAAGUCUCCAUGCGGCAGAACGUGGGUGGUUGCGGGGCAGCAAUCCUCUCUAA